AUGGCCUUGAGGAACCACAGCACCAUCUCUGAGUUUGUUCUCAUGGGGCUGUCUUCAGACCCCCAUGUCCAAGCCCUGCUCUUUGUGCUCUUCCUGGGGAUUUACCUCCUGACCCUGAUGGGGAACCUGACGCUGCUGCUGCUGAUCAGGGCCGAUUCCCACCUCCACACGCCCAUGUACUUCUUCCUGAGCAAUCUGUCCCUCCUGGACCUCUGCUUCUCUUCUGUCACUGUGCCAAAGCUGCUGAAGGACCUGCUGUCAGAGAAGAAAACCAUCUCAGUGGAGGGCUGCCUGGCCCAGGUCUUCUUUGUGUUUCUCACUUCAGGGACUGAAGCCUGCCUGCUCUCAGUGAUGGCCUAUGACCGCUAUGCUGCCAUCUGCCACCCUCUACUCUACGGCCAGGUGAUGAGCAACCAGCUCUGUGUGAGACUGGUGCUGGUCUCCUGGGGCCUGGCCUCUCUCAAUGCACUUGUCAUUGUGCUCUUGGGUGUUGACCUGGACUUCUGUGAUGGCCAUAUCAUCCACCACUACACCUGUGAGCUGCCUGCUCUUUUUCCCCUGUCUUGCUCUGAUAUCUCCAUCACUAACAUUAUCCUGCUGUGCUCCAGCUUAUUGCAUGGGCUUGGAACCUUCCUCCCCAUCUUCUUCUCCUACGCCCGUAUUAUUGCCACCAUCCUGAGCAUCAGCUCCACCACGGGCAGAAGCAAGGCCUUCUCCACCUGCUCCUCCCACCUUGUUGCUGUGAUCCUGUUCUUUGGUUCAGGUUUUCUUUGUUAUCUCAUGCCUCCCUCUGGGUCCUCUUUGGAUUUACUUCUCUCUGUACAGUACAGUGCUGUCACACCCAUUUUGAAUCCCCUCAUCUACAGCCUAAAGAAUGUGGAGGUAAAGGCAGCUGUGAAAAGGACAUUGGGGAAAUAUCUAUAA